GCGGGUUCAGGUGUUUACCGCAAACACACUGCUCAGGACGACACGAUGAAUAGUUGUGUUUCCCUUUUAGGUUAAAAUACAGGCACACUCUUCUUCGUUUCAUUCUUUUAUUUUAUCAUUGGCGGAUAGUUUUGCUUCCCACUUUUGUAGCUUUCUUUUUUUUGUGUGUGUCAUCAUGUGGAGAUUAGCUGCCGCGACCUUCCUGCUGUCGCUUCUUCCAGUGUCGGUGUGUAUUCAGGUGAAUGUUCCUGAACAGGAGCGCAGCACACUCCUGUUCGCCUCAGUCAUCCUCCGGUGUGACUACUCCACCUCUGCAAACCUCCAAGAUGUCCUGGUCACCUGGAGGUUCAAGUCCUUCUGCAAGGACCCCGUACUGGAGUACUACUCCACAGGGUACCAGUCUGCUCUCCAGUUGGGACAGGACCCAGCGAACGACUGCCCAGACCGCCAGCGCACGGUGCGCACGGUCAUCCAGAAGAGGGGGAGCAGCGAGCCGACGCUGGGAUCGGACUACCGUGAACGGCGGAUCACCAUCCAGAACAAGGCUGACCUGGUGAUCACGGAGGUGAUGUGGUGGGACAACGGGAUGUACUUCUGCUCUGUGGAUGCUGCUGGAGACACGUCCGGAGACUCUGACAAAGAAAUCAAACUCAUCGUUUACCACUGGUUAACAGUGUUGUUCAUCGUCAUCGGAGGCCUCCUUCUGAUCCUCCUCCUCGGCAUCUGCUGCUGCCAGUGCUGCCCUCAGAAAUGCUGCUGCUACGUCCGCUGUCCCUGCUGCCCGCAGACGUGCUGCUGUCCUGAAAAAGCGGUGAUGCAGCAUCGUAUGAUGAAGGAAGCUCAGAGGGCCAUGGCGCCCUGGAUGGGAGGACAGCCGGUAUAUGCACCAAUGAGCUCCUCCCAGAUGAACCCGCUGCUCUACUCAGGGUCUGCUUCAGGGAAGAGCUACCCGAUGAAGCCCAUGCCCCUCCCUCCUCCUCAGUCAGCUUACAGCAUGCCCGUUCCCAGUGUCCACGGCACACACACCCCUGCCAACUCCAAUCACAUGCUUGAUUACCUGGAGAGCCAGGUGAGGGGGAUGGACAUGGCGAGUCCUCUGCUCCAGUCCCAGCCUCCUCCUCCCCAGCACAUGCGUCACCUCUCCUCCCACAUGCAGCCGAUGCCCCCCCACAUGCAGCCGAUGCCCCCUCACAUGCAGCAGAUGCCCCCUCACAUGCAGCAGAUGCCCCCUCACAUGCAGCAGAUGCCCCCUCACAUGCAGCAGAUGGCACCCCCUCCCCAGCACAUGCUCGUCAACGCCCCAUUUCCCUCCGGCCCUCCGAGCAUGAUCUCUGCCCUUGAUGACGGCCCGACAGAGCGUCGCGUCAUCACACUUCCGCCGAUAAAAGAGCAGCCGCCGGCCAGGUUCCAACCCGCUGCACCCAGGACACGGGCCCCGAGCUCCAGCGAGAGCAGCCGCAGCGGCUUCGGCCGUCGUGACGAGCGAGGGGGAGCGGGCAGGCGUAUUCUCAGGAGCUACAGCGCGGAGUCCCUGGACGGGCCACGUCAAAGAGGAGGCAUGGACCGCCCCCGCUCCCGCUCCAGGGAAGACCUGUUUGACAGCAGGUCCCGAGGAAACUCUUCUCCGCCAGCAUCCAGGGCCAACAGAGGAGAGGCCUGGAGCUCGGAUGAUGAGGGCAGCAGCAGCAGGAGAGGAGGAGGAGGAGGAGGGAGGAGAGGAGGUGGAAGCUUCGUUGAGAAACCUCCCAACUACUCUGAGUACGAACCUGGACAGAAACCGGGAGCACGGAGGAACCAGCACUACUCCGGCAAGAGUUAUCAGAGUGGCACCAGCGUCGUCAUCUGAGUCCUCCAGCUGUGAAAGCCCUGCGACCUCUGUGUCAGAGAACAUGGCCAUCUCACUAACUGGGAGCCAUCUUGUCCGGCUACUGCUACACUUUUGAAUGCCAACAUUUUUAUGAUGUAAAAUGAAUCGUGAAUGUUCUCUUUCAUCACAUGUUUCGAGAAGUGAAAAGCUUAAGGAUUCCUAAAAUGUGAGAUUGAAGGCGUUCAUCAAAGUGUGAAGGCUGUAAAGUAAAUGCCAAUGUGGAAACUCAUUUGGUAGCCUAUAAAUGUCCAAGAUAUUGAUGUCAAAGUCUUUACUACUGAACAGAACUUUGGGAUAAUAUCCUCCUCCUCUGCUGGUUCAUCAGUGUAAUAGAAAUCUGCAGGCCAGAUUGGGACUUAAAAACCUGUCAAAUUAUUCUCAUGUGUGCCUUUUUAAAUGUAUGUUCCUACCUACCUAAAGCUCUCUUUUUAAGCAGGAACACAAUUAUAAUUGGUACGUUAGAACUAUUUAAAGCUGCAUAAAUAUGAACAGACUCUUGUGAAUGUGCUGGAAUUAGUUUUGAGCUUUUUAUGAUUUUUGUAAAUAGUUAUUUUUCAUAUCUCGUGGAUGUCUUGAAGUGACUAUAGUGUAAUGUUUUAAAGGAAAAGGUGUGGGCCAUUUUUUUUAAACCUUUUGUACAUGACAUGAAGUAUUUACACUUAUGAAUAACUGUGUAAAUAUGUAUUUUACAUGGUUUUGAUAGAAACAAAUUAAGUAUUGUUACAGGCCCAAAACCCUGCUAUAUUUUGCUCUUUAGAUUACGGUUGUUGGCACAACUGAAAAAUGUAAUCCUAUUUUAUUUUCAGUGUACAGUUUUGGAAACGUACCAUGGUUAUUUUUCUCUCCCUUUUGGGUGUAUAAUGGAAAAGUUAUAAUACUAAACUAAAAAUUACUUCCCCCAUGCAAUAAAGUAUAACAAUAAAAUCUCUUCAUUGAUUUUA